GCCCAUAAUAAUGACCAUAAAGCUCAUGCCUGUAACAAUGCUAUCGUACGCGGGCUGCAGCUUGCUGAUCCUCUGCGGGGCUUUCGCUGGUGCCUCCCUGGCCGAGAUGGUGUUCCGCUGCCCGGGCUGCACCGCGGAGCGCCAGGCGCAGUGCCCAAAACUCACCGAGACUUGCGCGGAGAUAGUGCGCGAGCCGGGCUGCGGGUGCUGUCCCGUGUGCGCCCGGCAAGAGGGCGAGCUGUGCGGCGUGUACACACCGAGGUGCUCCAGCGGUCUGCGGUGCUACCCGAAGCCCGACUCGGAGCUGCCCUUGGAGCAACUGGUGCAGGGCCAGGGGCUGUGCGGGCGCAAAGUGGACGCCGAGCCCGCGACUUGGAGCCAGGAGCCCCGGGAGCACACCAGCGGUGAGGCCAUGGAGCCGGUGCCCGAGCAGGGUCUGACUGAGAUACCAGCCAUCCGAAAGCCCAGCAAAGACAGCGCCUGGCUGGGGCCCAAGGAGAGCGCUGUACGCCAGCACCGGCAGGAGAUGAAGACCAAGAUGAAAACCAACAAGGUAGAGGAAGCCAAAGCUACCCGACCCAAACAGACUCAGUGUCAGCAGGAGCUGGACCAGGUGCUGGAGCGGAUAUCCAAGAUGCCCUUCAGAGAUAACCGAGGUCCUUUGGAAGACCUGUAUGCCCUGCACAUCCCCAACUGCGACAAGAGGGGGCAGUAUAACCUCAAACAGUGCAAGAUGUCUCUUCACGGUCAGCGGGGCGAGUGCUGGUGUGUCAACCCUCACACCGGCCGGCCUAUCCCAUCAGCCCCCACUGUGAGGGGGGACCCCAACUGCAGCCAGUACCUCGGAGGACCAGAGCUGGAGCUCCCCCUCAUGCCCCAAAUAUAGGACAGCCAGCCCGGGUCUUCAUAGGAGAAAAAAAAAAACAACUAAAAAAACUGUAAAGUAUUGGGGAAAACAAGUAUUUGAAACAUUCGAGUAAGCUAUAUGUUAUCUCUCUGUGUGUAUGUGUCUCUAGUUUGUUUGAUGACAGUGAUAUUUGAGAAUUUAACCACCACAAAGUGUCUUGGAUUAAAAUAAUAGAAUCCAGCUUUCUGCAUAGAAUGUAGCUGUAAUUGACAGAUUAUUAGGGAAAGAGGUAAAAAUGCGACAGAUUUUAUGCUUUCAUUUACCCCUUCAUCCCUCAUAGAUAUUGAGUAGAGGUCACCUGGGGCACCAGUGACAUUGCUUUACUAAUUGUGAAUUGCAACUUUUGCUCAACGUUUUGCUCUGUUCUCAGUGUUUUGUACUGUAUGUCUUAAAAAAAAAAAAAAAAAAACGACAAGUCUUCAAAAUAUUUGGUGUUUUAGUUGUGUUUCCAUGUCCUAGCUUGCAGACUACUGUUACAGCCCAUGCUUUACCGUAGGCUUUGAAUUCACUUUUAAUACACAGCGUUAAAGAUGAAAUUUUAGUACAUGUUGGUCAUAGCGUGCAUUAAAUGUUCAGCGCUAGGAAGGACAUGUAGACUGCCUAGUGGUUGACUGUUAUAGAGCAGACAAUGCAAUUAAAAGGAAAAUAAAUUCCCUUUGUGCUUA